UUGAGUUGGCAUCCAAAUUUUGCUGAUGCUAGUAGUAAAAUUGGAGCGACAAUUUUGCACCAACAACGUAGGUGGAAAAACAACAUACAACGUGUAACUUCCCAAUGGCCUGUAGCUGUUGUGUUACCAACGUAAAAGUAGAGUGGCUCUUAGAGUGGGUCUGACGUACCUAUUGUGUUUCCUUCACGACAGAAUCAUGGCGGUGCACUACCUACAGACGACGCCUCUCAUGAUUGUUAUUUACCUGAUAUUUACUCGCCAGACCUCAGCUACAACAGAAGAGUUUCGAGUCUCCGUACCAGAAAACGUGGCUGUCGGACAGGCCAUAUUUACCCUACCUAGGACCCAACUUCGAGACAAGGCGGAACUUCCGUGUACCAAAAUGGACGGGGAUCCGCAUUUUCGCUUCAACGUGACCAAAAACUGCACCAUUCUGGUCGCCAACCCUCUGGACUGGUCUGUAGAGUCGGCAUAUCUGCUCAACAUUCACAGGGGAUUGUAUAGCACCAGUGUCGAGGUGCAGUUGACUGACGUUAUGGGCUAUCCACCUGUGUACAACGAAACAUGCGAAACACCUACCAAUCCUAAAGGUCGAGUAUCAAAUUUACUCUUUAGUUUUACGUCAAGUGAGGAAGUGCUGACCACUAACGGCGAUGUCCUGUACAUAAAACAGCGUUGGAAGGAUGACUUCUUUCACGGUAAUACCUAUGAUCCUUGGAGGGCUGACACAAACAACAGUGACUGUACUUUCCAUUUAGCUACAUACACAACUUGGGCUGAUACUCUUAUAACAUUAAAAGAUAUAUACGAUAACGGCGUACGUCAACCGACAUGUAGUGUGGGGUCUGAUAAUCACGAUUUGUUAGGUGAGUUGUUUUGGACAUUACGCGACGACGAAUCAAGACUCCAGAAAUACCCUAAGUCGAUCGGAUCCAUCGUAAACGACAUGAGAGCUAGAGAAAACUUUAUCCUGUUUUUAACGUGCAUUUUUCAUGGGAGAGAUGCGAAGUUAUAUUCCUGCAACUUUCCAACAUUUCUACAUCCUCCAGUCAGGGCCUUCCACGGCAACGCCAGGAUAGAAAUAGCAAGCAUUGAAUAUGCAGAUAUAGAAGUACGUCCCAUAGGUUGCCCUAUUGGAAAAUACGGCUUCUUCUGUAAUAAGAACUGUAUCUGUAAGAACGGCGCCCGCUGCCACGGGUUUAACGGCGCCUGCAAAUGUGCCCCCGGCUGGAAAGGAGUGGCCUGUGACAUUCCCAAGCCAGACGUUUCGAUAACCACGACACCUAGCGACCCUCGUCAAAUCUACACUUCCCGCAAUGUGGCUUUUCACUGUAGAGCACACAACCUUGAUACCAAAGUCAUGUCUCUGCGAUUUCCAAAUGGAUCAGAGAAACUGGUUAGUGGCGAGAACCACAUGUCUGUACUUGUCGCAAACAUACAACUUGAAGAUAGUGGUUAUUACAUUUGCGUGGUUCUUGACAAAGAUGGACUCACUUUAAAUGCAUCAAUGGCUCUUGAUGUGCAUUGCCUAUCGAACCGCAAGGGUGCCGAUUGUCACGAAUUGUGUGAUUGCCUGCAAGGUGCCAGCUGUGACCGGAGGGCCGGUUGUGUCUGUCCGCCGGGAUGGACGGGAACCAGGUGUCAGACAAAAUGUCCCCGUGGCACGUACGGUAAAGACUGUACAAAACGCUGCAGCUGCCAGAAUGAGGCGAGCUGCAGUCCUAGCGGAGGAAGGUGUAACUGCACCGAUGGCUGGUACGGAAACAACUGCGGCAAGCCGUGCCCGAGCGGUCUUUUCGGGUGGAGAUGCCAGCAGCCUUGUGUUUGUAAGAACAACGCCACAUGCAACAACGUGGACGGUAGCUGCACAUGUGUAACACCGUGGACGGGACGGUACUGUGACCAAUUGCAGACAAGCAGAGAUCAACCAUUGCUGGAAAUCCUGAUCCCGCUAGGCUCUUUAGUCCUGCUGGUUGCCAUAGUGACGACCAUACUCUUCAAAACAGGAUUUCUGGCUUACUCCGUACCUGAUACAGGCGAGGAAGAAAAGAUACUUUUCGAGCUGAGGAGAAUGGAGCAGGAUCUAGCACAGACUCUACAGCCGGGCUGGCUCGGGCGUUGGGAGAAGAAGGCCCGCCAUCUCACUCCUGGUCCCCUGAUAGGGGAAGGGAUGUUUGGGAAAGUCAGAAGGGCACAGCUACGCACGGCUGGAGGACAGCUAGAUCUAGACGUCGCCGCCAAAGCAGUUCGCGUGGAGGACGCGCAGUCCUAUCGUGACUUCUACAGGGAAGCAGCCAUACUGGUAGCCGUGCACCAAGUGCAGGGACAAGACGACAACGAUCGCAAUGAGUCCAACAUCGUUCGACUUGUGGGGCUCAUCACCAAGUCUGCGGAGAAGUACAUCCUUCUAGAAUAUGCCCCAAAAGGCGAUCUCUUAGGCUUCUUACGAGGGAUAAAGAACAACAAUCAGGAGUAUCUACUGGAAAAUCUUCUAGGAUACGCAGUUCAUGUAGCACGAGCUCUGCAAGAGCUAGAGCGCCUGAGAAUCGCCCAUCGUGACGUGGCCGCUCGUAACGUCCUCAUCACUGCCGAUGACGUGGCCAAGUUGGCUGAUUUUGGACUGGCCAGAGAUGUGUACGCCACCACUCAGUAUGUGCGAGCCAACCGGCCAGGCCUUGACGAACUCCUGCCGCUGAAGUGGAUGGCGCUGGAGUCCAUCGAGACCGGCGAGUACACCUGUCAGAGUGACGUCUGGUCCUUCGGCGUGCUGCUGUGGGAGAUCGCCACGCUGGGACAAGAUCCGUGCUACGAUGGCAGAAUGCAGCUCACUUUUCUUCAGAUGGUAGGGGUCCUGAGGCAAGGGAUAAGGAUGAACAGGCCGCCGGAGUGUCCGGAGGACCUGUACCGACUGAUGAGGGCGUGUUGGCGCGACGUUCCCGCUACAAGACCGACUCCAGAAGGGAUAGAGAAGAGACUGCUGCAACUGAGACGUGCACUGCUCCCACCCGAAGCCAUUCAAAUUGAGACUGCGUUGUAAUUGUGAAUGCCAGUGACCUCCUCGGAGUAUUGGCAUAAGUCGUGUCUGUAUGUUCGCAGCUGUAACUCACGAUCUAUUUGUUGCAUUGUUAUGUAGUUUGGCAUGUCGUCUGAUAGUAUGCGCGAUAUGAUGCACGUUGUUCUCUUCAUACCGUAGCAGUUUUCAUGGGUCAUGUAAUAGUUCACAAGACACCCCAAUUUUGAUGGACUUGUUGAACAGGUCAUUAAUGCCGCGGCCUUCUAGGUGUGCGGUAAUAUAUAGCUGUUUUCCAAGCAGAUAUUGGGUGAUUUGUGCCGGCUGUUUCAUUCACGGUACUAGUAACGUCAUGGCGGAUGACCGAACAGCUGUUCAAAGGUGUUCGAAGGCAUAAAUUGCAACUUCAGUGAGGAAAUCUGUCUGAAGUUGACAUUACUACCAAUGCUUCCCAUAUUUUCAUUAUUUCACACUUGAAGCGUUUGUUCUGCUUGUUGUUUCAAUUUUGUCGGCACGAUACAAAUUAGCCCUCUCUGCCAAAAGUGUUACAACUUCCUUGGGAUUAAUGUCCAAUGGACUUGUUACGCUUCGUAGACUACUGUGGCUAUUGUGUAGU